GGCUGCUGGUAGGAGUGUGGCUGGGCUGUGGGAGAGCUUAGGGACAAUGAGAGGGCUUUCAGAAGGGGUGAGAAUGGUCAGGCUCAGAUACUUCAUAGCUUGCAGACCAGAGUAGGGUAGUAAGACUAGAGAGAGUGAGCCCUGGGUGGACAUGGGGUCCCCUUUGUAGAGAUGGGGAACUCAGGAAUUGGGUCAGUUUCAGGGAGGCAAUAGGACUCUGAAUAUAAAACCUUUUUGUCUUUCCCGUUCUUUAUCCUGUGUUGUCUGGGGUCCAGGGAGUUAUACACUCCAGCCAGUAGAAGGGACUAGAGAAGGAGGGGGUGGAGGGCUAGAGGAGCUGGUGUGUGGCAGGGAGUUAGAGGGCAGGGCCCUCUCUGUGGUCCUGCAGGCACAGUGGGGGUUGUUUACUCUGGUCCUCCAACCUAACUCAGCUUCCGAUGCCUUCAGUGGGUGAGCUCUAGGUGAGCUUCUUCUGGCUGGCAGUUGGUGGAGUUUUCAGGGAACCACAGGGGAGCCCUUUAUUUCUAUGUCCUAGGCCAUUAAUUUCUUUAGGAUGGGCCCUGUGCAUGAAUUCUCUCUCUCUCUCUCUCUCUCUCUCUCUCUCUCUCUCUCUCUCUCUCUCUCUCUCUCUGUGUGUAUGUGAUCACCAGUACAAGUGGACAUGAGCUUAGAGGGCCCAUGUGGGUGCCGGUGUGGUGCCUUUUUUGGCUUUAGCAAGUUCCUAUGGUAACCACGAACAUGUCUGUUUUGGGAUCUGAGUCUGGGGCGGCGUGAGUGGCUACCAGGAGAAGCAAGGCAGGCGGGUGCUUAGCUGGCAACUGGGCUGUGUCCUGAUUUUAUCGCUAGGCACAGGCCGGAGGUACCACUUGCUAGAUAGCGAGUUCUAUAAACUCUAGGGACAUAUGUACUCCUAAUCUCAUCCUGACCAGUCCCAUCAUGCCUAGGAAACUCUGGAAGCAGGAGCUGGCCAACAGCUCGGAUGUGACCCUCCCAGAUCGGCCACUGUCCCCUCCUCUCACUGCUCCUCCAACCAUGAAGUCUGCGGAGUUCUUCGAGAUGCUGGAAAAGAUGCAGGGAAUCAAGCUUGAAGAGCAGAGGCCAGGACCCCAGAAGAACAAGGAGGACUAUAUCCCUUACCCCAGCAUUGAAGAGGUUGUGGAGAAGGGAGGCCCAUACCCUCAGAUCAUCCUGCCUCAGUUUGGAGGCUACUGGAUUGAGGACCCAGAGAACGUGGGUACACCAACGUCACUGGGCAGCAGUGUUUAUGAGGAGGAGGAAGAGGACAGCCUAAGCCCCAACACGUUCGGCUACAAGCUUGAGUGCAGAGGUGAAGCCAGAGCCUACCGCAGGCACUUUCUAGGCAAGGAUCAUCUAAACUUUUACUGUACUGGCAGCAGCCUGGGGAAUUUGAUCCUGUCCAUCAAAUGCGAGGAAGCUGAGGGCAUCGAGUACCUUCGGAUCAUCCUCAGGUCCAAACUGAAGACGGUGCAUGAGAGAAUCCCCUUGGCUGGAUUGAGCAAGUUGCCCAGCGUCCCUCAGAUCGCCAAGGCUUUCUGUGAUGAUGCAGUGGGGCUGAAAUUCAACCCUGUCUUGUACCCCAAGGCCUCUCAGAUGAUUGUGUCCUAUGAUGAGCAUGAUGUCAACAACACUUUCAAGUUUGGGGUUAUUUAUCAGAAAGCCAGGCAGACCCUGGAAGAGGAGCUAUUUGGGAACAAUGAGGAGAGCCCAGCUUUCAAGGAGUUUUUGGAUCUCUUGGGGGACACCAUCACACUGCAGGAUUUCAAAGGUUUCCGAGGAGGCCUGGAUGUGACCCAUGGACAGACAGGGGUGGAGUCGGUGUACACCACUUUCCGGGACCGGGAGAUCAUGUUCCAUGUCUCUACCAAGCUGCCCUUCACGGAUGGUGACACCCAGCAGCUGCAGAGAAAGCGACAUAUUGGGAAUGACAUCGUGGCCAUCAUCUUUCAAGAAGAAAACACUCCAUUUGUCCCAGAUAUGAUCGCAUCAAACUUCUUACAUGCCUACAUUGUCGUCCAGGCUGAAAGCACAGGCACGGAGACCCCAUCCUACAAGGUAUCAGUCACUGCGAGGGAAGAUGUGCCUGCCUUUGGCCCCCCUCUGCCAAGCCCGCCUGUUUUCCAGAAGGGCACAGAAUUCCGGGAGUUUCUGCUCACCAAGCUCACGAAUGCAGAGAAUGCUUGCUGCAAGUCGGACAAGUUUGCCAAGCUGGAGGACCGGACCCGGGCUGCUCUCCUGGACAACCUUCACGAUGAGCUCCACACACAUACUCAGGUCAUGCUAGGCAUGGGCCCAGAGGAGGACAAGUUUGAGAACGGGGGCCAUGGAGGAUUCCUGGAGUCUUUUAAGAGAGCCAUCCGAGUGCGCAGCCAUUCCAUGGAGACCAUGGUGGGCAGCCAGAGGAAGCUGCAUGGUGGGAACAUUCCUGGCAGCCUCAGUGGAGGUAUUGUCCACAACAGCAUGGAGGUCACCAAGACCACCUUCUCGCCUCCAGUGGCCGCAGCAACCGUGAAGAACCAGUCACGGAGCCCCAUCAAGCGGCGGUCGGGACUCUUCCCCCGCCUGCACUCAGGCUCUGAAGGCCAGGGGGACAGCCGGACACGAUGUGACAGUGCCUCCAGCACCCCCAAAACCCCAGAUGGCGGACACUCUUCUCAGGAGAUAAAGUCGGAGACCUCGUCAAAUCCCAGCUCUCCAGAAAUCUGUCCCAACAAAGAGAAGCCCUUCAUCAAGUUGAAGGAGAAUGGCCGUGCCAACAUCUCCCGCUCCUCCUCCAGCACCAGCAGCUUCAGCAGCACAGCAGGGGAGGGCGAGGCCAUGGAGGAGUGUGACAGUGGGAGCAGCCAGCCGUCCACAACCUCGCCCUUCAAGCAGGAGGUGUUUGUCUACAGCCCGUCCCCCAGCAGCGAGAGCCCCAGCCUGGGGGCCGCUGCCACGCCCAUCAUCAUGAGCCGGAGUCCCACAGAUGCCAAAAGCAGAAACUCCCCGAGGUCAAACCUGAAAUUCCGCUUUGAUAAACUCAGCCAUGCUAGCUCCAGUGCGGGUCACUAAUGUGAAAGUGAAGGCCUUCCCUUGUCCAAGGGAAGUGUGGACUUUGGUCUACAGAAGGCUCCUAAUUCCAGCAGCUUGGGGGUGCCGUCUACUACUCUGACCGUGUAGGCCUGCUGUCUCACUGGUCGCCUGCCCAGCAGACCAGCUGUCUGUCCCACGUCCUGACCUGGCCAUGACCUUGCCGGAUCCUUCUCCAGACCUGAAAGCCCCAGCCUGUACUUCUGACCUCCCGAUGUGACCGGCUCUCUGAGUCAACUAUCAUGUUUUACAUGCAGGAAAAGAUUUGGGCAAGGGGGACUCUGAGUCCCAGGGGGCUCAGGGAGAAGUUAGGGAGCUCGUCUGCCCCAGAGACAGAAGGGGGUUGUGUGGUGGGGAGCAGAGGUAACUGCAGAAUGGUGGGUGGGUACUGUCUGUCUUGGGUCACAGUACAGUGCCUUCCUGGGCAUGGUGGAAAGGCUGCUCUUCCAGGAAUAUCCCAGCAUCCUCAAGGUUGAAUGCCUUUGCAUUUCUGACACAUCUGCUGGCCCAGGCCUAGGGAGCUCUGUCCCUUCUGCCAGGGUCCUCUCAGGAGGCUCAGGAUGCUGGAAGCUCCAAGUUAGAGCUAGGUGUUCCAGGACCCGGGUGCAUGCUCCCUUGACUGUAGUCUCAAGGUUUUUCCUUUCUAACUCUAUUCAAGCUGCUGAUCAUCUUUGUGGUUGGAGAAGCCCUGGUAGUGGGCAGCCAGGAGUCUGGAGUCCAGUGCAGGAGGACUCAGGUCUCCACUUUUGUGAGAUUUUGGAAAAGACAAAGUUUAAGCCAUCUCUUAGGCGAGAGAGAGGGGAGUGAUGUAGCGGACUUGGCAAGUUUUGGUCAGUCAAGUAUGUGGUGGAAACAAUCUAGUGUUCUUCCACCUCCGUGGUCCUGUCACCUGUGAGGGGGCUGAUACUGCCUAGGGCCUGCUUCUAGGCUCAGUCCUCUCCAGUCUUCUUCCUUCCAUCUCCAACUGCAGGUUUCUAGACCACUGUCCCAUCUGCAGGGCUCCUGGAAGCCCAGAUCCCACGAGCCCGUGCUUUAAGACACAGGCCAUCUGUAUUCCUUGCAUGGCCGCCUUCUCUGGGUGAGCCGGCUCAUCCCGAGGAGCUGUCCUUGGCUCCUCAGCCUUCCAGGUUCGCAGGGCUUUUCUGCUCCUGGGUUGGGAGUAGAGUAUCCACCAGGCUAAACCCUAGCUCUGCACAGCAGGGACUUGAAGAUCCCAGCCCAUUAGGUACACAUAGGUCUGUGGCACAGGACUGCUUAGUCCUGGGCCCCCAUUUCAGUGAGCAGACGACCAGAUUUCCAGCCAAGUGCUUUGUCUGCAUAGGCUCCUAUUCCCAAGCCAAAGUACAGAAGGGUGGGGCAGCCCUUGGGGCUGGUAUUGUAACUGUGUCAUCUGAGCACAAUCUUGAUCCUUCAUUCCCCAUGCACUUAUGUGCACCCAGGGGAAGGGGCGGUCUCCCCGCCACUCCACUCGGGGAAACCUGCUUACAUGAAAUACUAAUCUGGUAAGACUUGUUCUAGUUAGAAGGUCAACAGAAUAUCUGUUUAUCUUUUAUUAAAAGCCAGCGUAGCAGCACCCAGGGCUGGAAGGAGGCGGGUGGAUUCUGGCAGUGUUCUGCUGGCAGGUUCCUGCUCGAACUUGAAAGGUCAGACUGUGUUUUCUUUGAAACUAUGACAGGACUCUGGCUCCCUUCUCGGUGUUGGACAGCUUUACCUGCUUAGUGGUUCUGCUGUGUUGUAUUAUGGUCUGGGUCUCCCAGGGGCUUCCAGGUUGUCCCAUGUUGUCUGGAAACCUUAUAAGCUUUGUCCCCACUGCUUCGGCUACUCUGCCUGCAGGCGUUACCUCUGGGCCAGUGGAUAGGAUGGCUGACUGUGUACAGAGGCAGUGAGAGGCCCUGGCUGUGGUCUUCACCCUUGGUUUGCUCCUGAGAUACUCUGGGCAGGAUAUGAGGUGCCCCUGACCUCUGCUCAUGCCUCUGUCUAUCUAGCAGGUCAACCUGUGGCUUCCAGAGUAGGUACCACAGCCCCGCUCAAGUUCUCUCUGCUUAGCAGGAGGAGGAUAAUGGUGGGGCUCUGCCUCCUCUCAGCCCUCUGGGUUGGAGACUGUUCCUCCCACACUCUGAUCCAGUCUUAGGGCUCCGAGUCUUGCUGAGACCCCUUCAUGUGACUGGGCUUCUGUAGACAAUGCUUCUGCUUGGAUUUGGGGGAACCUUUCCACUGUUACCUCCACAAGAGAUUCUCCUGUCACAACCGUGGAAACUGUUUUGCAGGUGUUAGUAGGCAUCCAGACGCCCCCAGCUCUGUGGAUAACCUGAAACAGAUGUGGGAGAGCUCCGAAUAGAAGGCCAAAGCCAGAGUUUCCUCUGCGAUAAUGAAUGUCGAAUGGUGUUUCUUGGAAAACAAUCCCAGGCACCAUUUGAUACCCAAGCCUUCUGGCCCCUGCUUGCUUCUCAUCAGACCACGUCAUCUUCCAGAGGAACAGAAAGAACUUGCCUGAGGCCACACAGCCGCCUAGUGGCAAAGCUGUUACUAGACCCACAACAGCCUUGGCCCUACUGCAUACCAACUCUACCUACUGUUGGCUCAGCAAGCGGUUGCAUUUCUUGGAGCCUGGGUUUUGAGGAAGCCCAAUAGCUGGGGUCUCUGCAUUGGCAGGAGAGGUGCUGGGGGUGGAGGGUAUUAAUGGGGCCUCAGUCUCUGCUGUUUCCCACCAUGAGAAGUCUUGGUCAGCGAGGACACAGCCAGUGGCUUGGGUGAAGGACAUGGACGGGGAGGGCUUACAUAAAGUGCUUCUUUGGGUUUUCAGUGACUGGGACAAAGGUACCUGGACAAAAGUGUCUUUGUCCUAAAUCAGGACAGAAAGUGAUAAAAUGAACUAAUUCUCUGGUCUAUCUUCUCUCCCUCCCUCUCUCCAUCCCUUCCUUCCUCUUUUUUUGGUGGUGCUGGGGACGUCCCCAAGGUCUUGCUCAUGCUGAGUGAGAACCCUGCCACCGAGUCUAGGUCCAGACCUCUCCAGCCUUUUAAAAUGGAGGUGGGUAAUAAAAGCCCAGAUCAGGUGUCUAGGCAGGGCACAGCCAGUUUCAUUUUCUUUCCUUUGACCCUUUAAGGUGCCAACUCAAACAUCACCUUUUGUUCUUUGUUUCUCAGUCUGCAAAGACAGCUGUGUUGUGUGUGUGUGUGUGUGUGUGUGUGUGUGUGUGUGUGUGUGUGUGUGUGUGUGUGUGGGUUGCCCGGGGUUCAGAUAGAGCUUAUGGUUUCUGGGCCAGCAGCAACCAAGUUAGCUCCAUGCUCUGGACCCCCAUGCUCCCUCCCCAGCUUCUAGUUACCGCUCAAUCAAAGGCAAGGUUGACACAGAGAACAAGGCUACUCCUGCCACCUGGAGUGGUAGAGGGCUUCUGAGGCAUCCUACAAAGCUCUGGUGUCUGUUUCAGCACCAGCUGCAUGCCCACACCAAUCCCACGUCUCUUCACAGCCAGGCUAUGUACUCCUUUGGGAGAAAGAAGACAACUUCCAGAGCCAAGGGUGGUCUGUAGUGAGCAGCAGCUGGGGCAGUGGCUUUGGCCUGGGCCUUACCAUCUGCACCAGAUGGUGUGCUUGGCUGCAAGACUGGAAUUAGUCGUCGUUGUCUUUGGUUCUGUGACAUUCCCAUGUGAAAGGGUGUAAUUCCCCUUCCCACUCCUUAGCGUAUGCACCAACUUGUGAUGUCCCCGCCCGAUCUCCAGCUCCCAGGGUGCCGGUGUUGCCAUGUGAAGAGAUACCCAUGUGGUAGAACCUAAGAGGUGUAGUUGGAAGUGACCCCUGUGACGAUGACUUUUCUUUGCUUCCUCUCAGUGAGGGGGGUGAUUUGUAGAUCCUGACUGCCUAUGUGAUGUAAAUAGUGUACAUCUAAUUUAUUGCUAUGGUAGCACAUUGUAUUUGUUAAUGUAUAAAACAAAUUCUAAAAGGUUGAAAAUGUAUAUUUUGUUGCUUAAAUGUGUCUUUGCAGAAAUUGACAAUAAAUAACAUAUUUUGUGUCCA